AUGAAUCCCAUGGUGAAAUGCUGCCUGCUGCUCCUCCUCUUCUUGACGGUUCUCUUGCCUGAGGCGCGCGCGACCUCGUGCCACUCCGAUGACCUACACGCGCUGCGGGGCUUCGCCGGGAACCUUAGCAGGGGGGCCGUUCUCCUUCGCGCCGCGUGGUCCGGCGCCAUGUGCUGCGCCUGGGAUGGUGUGGGUUGUGACGCCGCCAACGGCCGCGUCACGUGGUUGCGCCUUUCUGGACAUGGCCUUGUGGGGUCCAUCCCAGGAGCCUCCCUCGCAGGCCUCGCGUGGCUGGAGGAACUCGACCUCGGCUAUAACAGCUUGCACAACAUCUCAGGAGCGCUCACCAUGCUGCGUGGGUGCCAGAACCUCACCACGUUAAUUCUCACCAAGAAUUUCGGCGGCGAGGAGCUACCAGGCGAUGGCUUUAUUGGGUUCAAGAGCCUCGUGAUGUUCGACCUUGGUGAUUGUGCUCUCAAGGGCAGGGUUCCGGGAUGGUUGUCUCAAUGCAAGAACUUGGAGGUCCUUGACUUGUCCCACAACCAAUUGGUCGGCACCAUCCCGUCGUGGAUUGGUAGGCUUGAUCACCUUUGCUACUUGGAUCUCUCCAACAAUACAUUGGUUGGUGAGGUACCCAAGAGUUCUAAGGGCCUCAACACCUCUGGGUGUUCACCAGGUAUCAGUUUCACUAACAUGUCAUUGUAUCUGAAGCAUGGCGGAAGAAGCACACUUCGCCGACAACUUAAUCAUGCCCCAAAUGUCAUAGCUGGGACCAACAACAUUGUCAAAUCUGGGAGCAACAACGUUGUGGCUGGGAACGACAACACUAUCAUAUUUGGGAAUAACAACGCCGUAUCCGGGAGCUACCAGGUCGUAUAUGGUAAUAACCAUGUCGUAACUGGGGAUAACCAUGUCGUAUCUGGGAGCAACCAUGCCGCGUCUGGGAGCCAUCAUGUCGUGAUUGGAAAGCACAAUAUUGUAUCCGGGACCCACAAUGACGUAGGUGGGAGCAAAAAUAUCGUGUCUGGUAGCAACAAUGUUGUAUCUGGGAGCCACAAUACCGUGUCCGGUAAGAACCAUUUCGUGACUGGGCACAACAAAGUCGUAACCUGA